AUGGAUACCACUGCAUCUGGUCAUGGAGGACCUUUUCUCACCAGGCCCACAAAGUAUAACAUUGAGGACUCAAACAUAGCGCUGCUUGGAUCGGACCUCGAGAAGCAGGUCAGAGAGCAUGCAGGUGACAAGGAAACGGCUUGGGAAGUAGCAGGGCAGCAGCCUGGUGUACAGAUUUGGCGCAUCGAACAGUUCAGCGUGAAAGAAUGGCCCAAGUCCCAUUACGGCUACUUCUACAACGGGGACUCGUACAUAGUUCUCCACACCUACAAGAAGGAAGAGAACAGGGAAGAGCUGUUCUACGACCUGCAUUUCUGGCUGGGUGCGGAAACCACCCAGGACGAGGCCGGGACGGCCGCUUACAAGACGGUCGAGCUGGACGACCAUCUUGGUGGCAAGCCGGUCCAAUACCGCGAGAUCCAGGAGUACGAGUCCGCGCGCUUCCUCUCCUACUUCCCGCGCUUCAUUUCCCUACACGGAGGAGUCGCUUCUGGAUUCCACCAUGUCUCCGCCCCACCUGUAGACGACACGCGCAGGCUCUAUCGCAUCAGCGCGACUCAAAUCACCGGACGAGCGGUGGCGCACCUGCAGGUCCGCGAGGUGCCCGACUCGGGUUCAAGUGUCUACCAGGGCGACGUGUAUGUGCUCGAUAUGGGCAACCAGGUCUGGCAGUUCAACACGAGCAAGAGCCCUGGGAAGGUGCGGUUUAAGGCCGCGGAAUUCGUGCAAUCCCUCGCGAGUGAGCGCGGCGGAUCGUCAAACACGACAGUUUGGGGUGCGUACGAACACGGGGAAGGCGCAGGCGUACUCCUGACCGCGCUGGGCCUGACACGCGUCCCGGAUGCGCAAGAGGGACCCGCUGCUUCCGAAAAGGCACUGCUACAGCUGUCCGACGCAAGCGGACAGGUCACCUUCGAGCGCGUCGCGCCCCCAGCGUUCUCCACACUCUCCUCAUCCGACGCGUUCGUACUUGACGAUACCGCGAACCACGCGUCGCCAGCCGUGUACGUCUGGGUGGGCAGCGGCGCGUCGCUUACGGAGCGUCGGCUCGCGCUGCAGUACGGCCAGUGGUACUUGUAUCAGAAGAAGCGGGGCGCGGGACGCGCCGCAUAUGCGGCGCAGAUAGUCAAGAUGCACGAGGGUCAGGAGACGGACGCGUUCUUGAGCGCGAUCGGUGCGUGA